UUUGCCAUUUUUAGUCUACGAUAAAUUGCACAAGUAAAAGAAAAAAUGCAGAGCGAAGAAGAAGAAGAAGAGCGACCCUUUCUCCCCCUUUUCUUCCUCGUGCUCUGUUUUUUUUCCCCUUCCUUUCAUUCGGAUUUGCCCUUUCCAAUUUUCACAUUCCGUAACAGAGCAAAAGAGACUCUGUUUUAUGCCCCCGCAACUGAACAAUUUACAACCUCUGUAAUCCAACCACGUCUUCUUAUCUCUCCUUCUCCGGCAGGAAUAGGGUACAGUUUUAGAGACAGAGAUGGGGGGAGGCGGCGGCGAAGGAGGAGGAGCAGGAGAAGCCCGGCCGAGGGAGCUCGAUGCCACGCCGACGUGGGCCGUCGCAGUUGUUUGCGCUGCCAUCAUCGUCAUCUCCAUUGUCUUGGAGAAAUUCCUCCACUUGACCGAAGAGUGGUUUCACGAGAGGCACAAGAAAGCUCUGGUGGAAGCUCUAGCAAAAAUCAAAGGAGAAUUGAUGGUUUUGGGGUUCAUAUCAUUGACGCUGACGUUCAGUCAAAAUUACAUCGCCCAAAUCUGCGUGCCUUCGAAAUACGCCAACUCUAUGUUGCCCUGCGACUUGAGCCACACCGGCGGCCACGAUCUCGGUGACGUUGCUGGCCCGGAUAAAGCCGGCGGCGGCGGUGGCGGAGAACACAAAGAAGGUGCCGAGGCUGCCGUUGCCGCCGCAGCUGCCGCGGAGAAUCACCGGAAGCUGCUCUGGUACGAACGCAGAGAGCUUAGUGGGCAUGGCGGACCUAUACUUUGUGCCCCGGGGAAAAUGCCGAUGAUUUCAGUGAAUGGGCUGCACCAACUGCACAUAUUCAUAUUUUUCCUGGCAGUUUUCCAUGUUAUCUACAGCGCCAUAACCAUGUUGCUUGGGCGACUAAAGAUUCGUGGGUGGAAGGAGUGGGAAGCUAUAGGUGCCAAGGAGCACGAGCAUUUGAAUGGUAAGACUUACUUCGCGUCAAUCAAUCACUUGCGUACGAGUAUUAUACUUCAUUCGAUCAUCGUUCGUGCAGAUCCAACGAGAUUCAGGCUUACUCAUGAGACGUCCUUUGUUAAAUCCCACACUAGUUUUUGGACCAAAACGCCAGUCUCCUUCUAUGUGGUAUGCUUCUUUAGACAGUUCUUUAGGUCUGUGAGCAGAGCUGACUACUUGACAAUGCGGCACGGUUUCAUUUCUGUUCAUUUGGCACCUGGGACUAAGUUUGAUUUCCAGAAGUACAUCAAGAGAUCUCUGGAAGAUGAUUUCAAAGUUGUUGUGGGAAUCACUCCACUGCUAUGGGCUUCUGUGGUUUUGUUCAUGCUUCUGAAUGUUCAUGGAUGGCAUGUGAUGUUCUACCUGUCUUUGCUGCCAGUAGUUAUGAUUUUGGCAGUCGGAACGAAGCUUCAAGCAAUCAUAACGGAGAUGGCGAUCGAGAUUACAGAAAGGCAUGCUGUGGUACAAGGGAUUCCCCUUGUGCAAGUCUCUGACAGACAUUUUUGGUUCAGUUGGCCUCAGUUGAUCCUCUACAUCAUCCACUUUACUCUGUUCCAAAAUGCGUUUGAGCUCACUUAUUCAUUUUGGAUAUGGUAUGAGUUUGGGUGGAAGUCUUGCUUCCACGAACACCUUGUAAUCCCAGUGAUCAGAGUUACUAUCGGGAUUGGAGCUCAAUUUCUAUGCAGUUACAUCACACUCCCGCUCUAUGCCCUUGUUACUCAGAUGGGUUCGACGAUGAAACGAUCGAUCUUUGAUGAACAAACAUCAAAGGCCUUGAUGCAAUGGCACAAGAAAGCACACAAGCAGGCGCAUGACAAGAAAUCUGAGCAUCCGCACCCGACGGAGCACGCUCACGACGAUGAUCAUACCCACGAUGGAGUCCAUCACCGAAGUCAUACCGCAGGAGAUGACGCAGAUGGUGAGUCGUCGGCCAACAUUAUGGCGACAGUGGAUAUCAAUGGGGAUCGACAUGGUCAACGUGAUCUUUUAAGUUAGAUUCAAGAAUUUAUUUUAACAUUUUAUCUCUAUUUUGGUUCGGAUUAUUAUGACGUUUGGUUGUAGAGCACACGACCUACCGCUUGACUGAUUCAAACUUUAUCAUUGGUUGAUGGUAAAAGAGACCGUUGUUGUAGAUUUGUUAAUUACUAUGAUGGUGUAUGUAAUGUACUGAAUAAGCACUUGGAUUGUAAAUUUUGAAGGAAGGCAUUCAGAAUUUUUGAAGCCAUAGUAGAGUUUGCUUAUUGCAUCAACAACCAAAGAGGGCGGGUAACUACUAACUACUUUGUUUCCGCGAAUGCAAAAGGGGUCCAUGGAAGGACAGGACCGUCUUUUUGGCUGGAU